UUCACCAUCUUGGUUUGGACUGAAGUAGGCAGUAGCUGUGUUUGAAGUACAGUAGUGGCUCGAGCGGAGCGAAAUAAGUUCCACCACGAGCCGAGGAGUAUAAAAGCAGCGAGCCCACGCCGUUAGAGCGUCAAUCCUUUCGGAUUACAUCCAGCUUCAGUUCUGCUAUCUGCUCUUUGUGGAAUUACUACCAGCAUCAUCAUGACUCUUGAGGAAGUUCUCACCCAGAAGCCCAGCGAGAGAGCUCAGUGCACUGGAAAAGCACUGGAAGAAGUUUUGGUUUCUGCCAAAGCGAACGACUGCCUAACCAUUGGCGUUUACGAGUCUGCCAAAGUUAUGAAUGUUGACCCAGACAGCGUGUCUUUCUGCGUCCUGGCGAUGGAUGAGGAGUUUGAGUGCGACAUCGCUCUCCAAAUCCACUUCACUCUCAUCCAAGCCUUCUGUUUCGACAACGACAUCAGCAUCGUUAGAGUGAAUGACAUGCAAAGUCUUUCUGAGAUUGUUGGUGACAAAGCUGAACAAUUUGAGGAUGCUCACUGCGUGCUUAUCACGAACCCAGCUGAGGACUCAUGGGAGGAUCCAGCUCUGGAGAAGCUUCACCUGUUUUGUGAAGAAAGUCGCAGCUAUAACGAGUGGGUUCCUGAGAUCACUCUGCCCGAGCGUUGAUCUGGAGCUUUACUCUUCUCUGUUGAGAUGCUGUAAACCUUGAGGAAUACUCGACUCAUCCUUCGAAGCAAGGAUGCUGAUGUUUCCACAUCCCUGGAUGCUCCUGAGGAGGCUGAACCGUCCAGGCAGCGCGAGGCAGGCCCGAGUGGCCCUCGCGGUUCUACGUCGUUCCUCGUCCCGUCCAUGCCAAGAUGAUCCUCAUUCUUUAUGUGAACGAGGUCAGGCAUGCCACGAGAGCGACACAAUGGCCCUCAUUCUUUGUGCGGAUGAGGUUUGGAGAGGAAGGAGAAGCGAGUUUUGCCUCUGUUCCACAGAGCAAAUAUCGCAUGCGUUGGACACGCAGAGGACGCGGCGGUGCGUCAAAGCAACGUUUUUAAAAAUGGACUUUAACAUCUCGGACGUUUUUAAAAAUGGAAUUGCUGCACAAUAUAACGUACCUUAUUGUCGGCAAUGUGCUUUCCACUUUCCAGAAUUGUCUUAUUCUCUAAAGGUUUCACUUUAGAAAUAUUAAAAUGACAUAGGCUUAAAGGGAAAAAAAGAAAAAGAAAAAAAAACUAACUUAAAAAUCUCUAAAGGUUUCACUUUAGAAAUAUUAAAAUGAUAAAAAAGAAAAAAAAAACUAACUUAAAAAUCUCUAAAGGUUUCACUUUAGAAAUAUUAAAAUAAUAAAAAAAGAAAAAAAACUAGCUUAAAAAUCUCUAAAGGUGUCACUUUAGAAAUGUC